CAAAUAAUAAUAACAACAAAAGUUGAUGAAAAUCAUGUGUCAAAUGUUAGUAUAUUGGUGAAUCGAUCAAUUAUUUUAAAGAUAAAAACCAAUCAAUUAUACCUUAAAAUAUUAUUAUUAUUAUUUAUAUUUUUCUUAUCAAGAUUGAUAAGUGGUGAAUCAGAACAGUAACUAUUGCCACGUAAAAAAAUAUAAUCUUUGAGUUUGCCAACCAAUGAUGUUGAACGUCUGACAGUUAACUUGUCAGUGAAUUACAUCAACUAGUUAUUAAUAAAAAGUUUAGAUAGCUGUUAAAAAUAUUAUUCAUAAAUCCAACUGAUAAGACUACAUUUGAGGAAAAAAAAAUUAAGUAUGUCUGGUUUUGAGGAAAAUCCAUUUGGCGAGCCAACUGUCAACGAUCCAUUCUCGGAUCCAUCAGUUAGACGUACACCAGCAGCAGCUGUACCACAAAGUGGUAUCGAAGAUUAUAAUCCAUUUGCUGAUCCACCAGUUCAUGGAAAUGCACAAGGUACAAAUUCCCAACAAGUACGUGGUGCAUCAAAUCCACCAAUGUAUGGUGGUGUUGGAGCAACACAACAACCUGCAACAUUACAACCAACUGUUCAAGAACCACCACCAUUAUACACACGUAAUCCACAACAAACUGUUCCUCCAAAACUUUCACCAACUUUACAACAACAACCAACAUCACAGCCACAAACUGGAGCAGAUUGGAGAGCUAGAAGAGAAGAAGAAAUAAGAAAUUCAAAUUAUUAUCCUGGAAGAAAUAAUUGGCCACCAUUGCCAGAACAAUGUUGUUUCCAGCCUUGUUUUUACCAAGAUAUUGAUGUUGAAAUUGAUACUGAAUUUCAAAAUAUUGUUCGACAAUUGUAUUAUCUUUGGCUAUUUCAUUUCUCUGUGUUGUGUCUCAACUUGGUUGGACAGCUUGCAAAUAUGUUGAUAACAGCUGAUAUCCAGUCACUAUUGAUGGCAAUUGUUUGGAUAUUUAUAUUAGCACCAUUUUCUUUUGUCUGCUGGUUUCGUCCAGGCUACAAAGCAUUCAAAACUGACAGUUCAAUUAACUUUAUGGUUUUCUUUUUCAUGUUCACAUUUCAAUUAGUAAUAACAAGUUUCCAAGCAUUGGGAUGGAGUGGUCCAGGCAUUUGUGGCCUAUUUUACAUAGUACCAGCUUUUAAAGCUUCGAGAUUCUUAGGAGUCAUGAUGAUACCAAUUACUGCAGGUUUUUUCGUAUCAGCAUUUGGCAUGUUUCUCAUGUUAACUAAAGUUCAUAGAAUUUAUCGUUCUUCAAGUGCAAGUGUUGCUAAAGCACAGCAAGAAUUUACAACUAAUUUUAUGCAAAAUGAACAUGUUCGAUCAGCUGCAAGUGAAGUUGCAACUAAUGCUAUUCGUACACAAGUUUCAAAUGCAACACAACCACGAUUUUAAAAAGAAACAAAAUUUAAAACAAAAAAAUUAUCUUAUUAAGACUCGAGUCUGAUUUUUAUUUAUAUUUCUUUCAUAUUUUUUAAGAAUUCAUUAUUAUGAUUUAUUAAGCUAUUUUUUUUUUUUCUUUUUACACCCUUGAAAUAUUUUUUUUUGUUAAAUUGUUAUUUGAAUAAUAAAAAAAAAAAAAAUACAACAAAAAAAACUAGUCUGUCAUAAACUGAAAAUAAAAAUAAAUCAAGUAUCAAAUGUUUUAAUAUUAAUAAUUAUAUGGCUCACAUUGAGACUGCGUUUUUCCAUUGAAAAUAAUAUUUCAUUGACUUCGAUAAACUAUUUAAAAAUAUAUUAAACAAUAGCUAUUUUUAUUAAUAUUAUAAAUUAUCAAAAAAUAAUAAUUAUAUUUGAAAUAUUUGGUUUAUUUGCAUGACCAAUAUUUCAUUAACAAUAAAAAUCGAUCGUUAUUUUUGUAUAGUCAUUUGAUGAAAGAUAAUUACGAAUGAAUUGAUGAUUGUGUUCUUUAAAUUUGUCAUUUUUUAAAUAAUGUGUAUAUUUAAUUAUUUAAAAAAAAAAAAAACUGAAAUAUACAUUGUAUAUACAUUUAUUCUAUGCUACUAUUAAAAAAAAUGAAAAACAAAAAAUCAUGAUAUAUAAAAUUA